AUGUAUUUCUCCUUGAAGACAGAUCAAAGGGAAGCGGCGGAAGGAUCACGAAUCUCACGCUUGAAAAGAAAGGGGGAUGGGAAGGAGGGAGGGAGAGGGAGGGGGUGGCUCGGAGAUGCGUCGGGAAACGCUGCGGCUCCGACAGCGGCGGGAUCCGGCAGCCUGACGGCACGGGCCCGGCGAACUGGAAGGCGGCGGAGUCGCGAGUCAGUCAGAGGCGGGCGGUGGCGGCGACUCCUCUCCUCAUUGCGCCAGGAGCAGCUGCAGGCGGCGGCUGGAUCCAGCGGCCAUGGCGGCGGCGGUGGCGGAGGCAGCUCCCUUCAGACCCCAGGCAGCGGCUCCUCGACUGCUCCCCAUACGCCGGGGACAUGGGAACCCAGCAACCGCUUCCGUCCCUCGGGGCCCCCUCCCCCGUCCAAGGCACCAGCGCGGCCGCCCUCCCGCCCCUCGCUUCUGCACGGUCCCGCUCAGGAAGUGUCCGCGCUUUGCCCCCAGCCCGGGCCCUGUCAGUGGCUGCGGGGCCGGCUCCUCCUCGCUUCCUUCCUUCCUUUGUCACUCGGCCCGGGCGGCGGCGGCGGCGGCGGCGGCGGCGGCAGCGGCAGCACAAGCCUGCAUUCGCCCGGGUCGGGGGCAGCUCUGUGUGAGGAGUGCCGUUCUGCGCAGCCGCCUAGCUUUUCCCCACUCCCCCUCCCCCCUCCUACUCGUCCUCCGCCUCCUUCCUCCCCCACCCAGCCUUACACCGCCCAGCGCCCCCGCGUCCGCGUAACAGGCGUCUGGGAAUCGCCGGCCGAGCCGAGUGUCCUCCCCCUUCGGCAGGGGAGCCGAAGCCCGAGCGGAACCAAUCACGGAUGUCGUUUGUUUGCGGAUCCUCCCGGAAAAAGCCGAUCGACCUGAGGAGCCAAUUAGAAAGUGUCGCUGGAAAUUCACGCCCAAGGACGGAAAAUGCCGAAGAUAGCCGACCGAGAAGAAGGUGGGUUCGCCUUGUCUUGUGGCUGGCUGGAGGAGAAAUUCGACAAUGGCAACAGUGACCAAUCAGAGUCGCCGGCCCUCAGGAAAAAGCUUGAAGAGUUAAGGACGGUGAAGCCCGGAGUCGCUGGUGAAACCGCACGGCUGGGCGCCGGGGCCGCUUUGUAAUUGGCCGAAACUCCGCUGGGAGUGCACCUCCCUCGGUGAUUGGUGAAGGAAUGGGGCUUCCGAGGACAGUCUGGCCAGUCAGGACGUCUCCUCCCUCGACGAGGUGGGGAGAAGUUGAGAGCGAAGGGAGGGCAUCUAUAAAGCGCCUUCUCAUUGGCCUGAAGCUCUGGAGCCGGAGUCGGGGCAAAAGGGAAAAGGAGGGAGGUCGAAACCGGUAGCGGCAGCCAAUCGGCCCUCGCUGCCGUCCAAUCGCAAGACCUAGCUGCAGUGUGAUUGGCCUUCAGCCUCCGGUGGCGGUCCCAGGAGCGGGGAGAAGCGCGACUGGGGUCGUGGCGGAUGGUUAGACGGGCUUGCCUGCGGCUACUUGCAGCUUGUGUGGAAACCGCAGAUAGGGAGCGGGAGCCCUUCGCGAGCCGGUGUGAAACUGCUGCGGUCGGCGGCGCUGGGCUCGGAGCGCUCGAGCGAACGGAGGGUUGAGGGGUCUCCCCACCCACUGGAGGCUCUCGGCGGGGCGGGGCUAAUUCUGCGCGCUCGAGGCGCCCCUCCGCCCAGGAGAGCGCGUCCUGAGCGCCGGCGUCUUCCCCGGAAGGGCCAGACGGAUCCAGGGCGCCUCCCCGGCUGGGUGCGAGUUCUUGGGCGCUAAACUGAGAACAAAGCUUCCAGAGAGGCAGCGCCCCUCGGCGGCCGCGCCCCGCCCAGUCGCGGAGGCCAUUGAUAAGAGUGAGGGCGACUGCGCCUCGUGCGCCAGGCCAAGCCCGGCCUUCCAGAAACGCCCCUGAGAAAUGAGCUCAUGCUGGCUGCGCGCGCUCCUCGGGCGCGACUGCCCAGCGCAGAACUGGCCCCAAAAGCAGGUGAGGGGAAGUGCCGUCAGGUCGGAUAUCCCGAAGACUGAGGAAACGGGGAGUCAGAAUGGUCCUUUGUAGUUUUUUUUCUUUGGAACUAGGGUGAUCUAUAAAAGUACUAUAUAAGUUGGUUUCGCACGUAGGCCAGUGGUCAGAUUCCCAUGGUUUGCCUAAGGACAGUGAGGUAUGGCUACAGAAAAAGUAGAAAGGACAGUUGCCAUCAAUCCCGUGGUGGCUGUAAUUUCCACUUGCAGAGUCAUCCCUUUCUGUUAAGAUACUAUCUCUGGGAGCACAUAUAAAAAUACACAUACUUGGUCAGGUUAACUAGCUGUUGCUUUGGAAAACUGAUGAGGAAGUUGGGACAGAACAAAGUAAGCUUUGAUGGGAGAACGGAAAGGUCUAGAUAGUGUUUGCAAACUCAGAUGUCUACAGGGGCCAGAAAAGCAAAGCAAAUGAGUGAAACUGGCCUGGUGUAAAACAAUAGGGAAUGAUAAGCAACGUGGCAAAUUGGAGUGUCCGUGCUGUAACUGAAAGGAGCAGCUGUUCGGCUCUAGCAGAUUGUUGCCCUGAAGAAUGUGGAUCCAGUGUUCUGAGGUAUUCUGUUUUUUUCCCCCAAGAACCGUAAAGCAGGAUUUUUGUAUGAAAUCCCUCGAUUUUUACACCAAUAUUUCCAAACCCUACAGGCCGAAUUAAUAACAUCCCGGGGUAGAUGUGGCCAACAUGCAAUCAAUUUGUAAUCUCAAACCUGGACAUAGGUUUUUUAAUAUAGCCCAGGAGUGGUAGCAGCUCUUGUUCUUUGCAAUGAAGAGAGGUUUUUUAUAUACCCCAGGAGUGGUAGCAGCUCUUGUUCUUUGCAGUGAAGAGAGAACAUGAGGCUUCUGGAUGUCAUGGAGAAGGGUAAAGAAUGUUAAAAGCAAACUCAGUGCAUGGCAAUUUUGUCAAAUGAUUGUUGCCUCUCCCUGCAAACUAUGAUGAAAGACCUUUGCCACUAGUCCCUAAAACACUGAGGCAAAGCUCGAAAUCCUGCCUUCCUCUUUACUCCCCAUCCCUACUCCCAGUUAUACCAGCAGGAAAGUGAAUAACAAAUGUUUAGGUUAUACAAAUUGGAAACAUGGCUAUUCUUUUGUAUAUAAUAAAGUACAAAAAUAGUCUACCUUAAGGUUAUGAUUAGUAGCUUUACUGUUGCUGCCUUCAAAUAUUUUGAACUGAUGCUGUUUAAAAUUUAAAAAUCUGACCAAGAGGGGGGAAAUUUUAUAGGAAAAGAAAAAAAAGUAGUUCAAUCUAGAAUUAGGACAUAAGGAGGGAGAAGUUUAGGAAAAAAUAUAGAACCACUGAAAUUAACAUUCCAUGAUUGUUUCUCUGACCUUUCAAAUUCUUCCUCUACCUUCCCACCUGCUGUCAACCAUUUAUCAGUUUUUAAUAAUUUUAAUAGUUAAUGCUUCCUGAGUGUUUAUAAUGUGCCAGACACUGUUCUUAAGUGCUUCACACCUGCUAUCUCAAAUUAUAAUCGUAUGAUGUAAGUACUGUUAUCACCUCCACUUAAAAGAUGAGGAAACUGAAGGUCAGAAAGGUGUACUGACUUAUCUAAAGUCCACAGAGCUAAAGUAAGCAGAACCAGGAUUCAGAUCUCUUGUACUUCUCUCUCAAACAUAGUCCCCACCUCUCCUGGUCUUGCUUUAUCUUAAAUUCUAAGCCUUAUGUCUUCAACUGUGUGUGCCUGGUUGUGAAUACAUCCCCUAGUUUGGUUUCUAAUGGUUUGGUUUCCUUUAGGGCUCAUCAGGUGGUGCCUUGCAAAUAUCAGUGAUUCUGAGACACAGUAACCAACCAGAGGACUAGAAAAAGAUGAAUAUAGGAAAGCUGGGUGAUACAGAACAGCUGAGCACGUCCUCUCGUCAGUACUCUUCUAUUUUCUCGAAUUAUUUCUUUACAAUUUGAAUACAGUUUUACAUUUAGUCUUCCUAUCAAAAGUGAUCCAGUUGGGACUUCCCUGGUGGUCCAGUGGGUAAGAUUCCACACUCCCAAUGCGGGGGGCCCAGGUUAAAUCCCUGGUCGGGGAACUAGAUCCUGCAUGCAUGCUGCAACUAAGUCUGCAUAACGGAACUAAGAAGUCUGCAUGUCGCAAUGAAGAUCCCACAUGCAGCAACAAAGAUCCUGCAAGCCACAACUAACA